AUGCGGUUGCAGCUUUUAUUAAUUAUUUUUUUUUUUUCCUCUUUUCCUUAUUGCCUUUCUUUUUUUUUUUUUUUUGGUUUCAUUGGUGUGUGGGUGGAUGGAUGGGCGCAUCCAAACAAACGCAACCAAAAACAACAACAAAAAGGGGUUGAGGUGACGCACGAGGAGGGAAAAAAAGAGGAAGUGGCGGGGCGAGCUGUGCAAUUUGGUGGCGUGCGGCCUUUUUUUGCGUGCGUGUGCCCACAUAGACGUUUUGAAUCGAUAGAAGAGGCAAUGCUAAGAACCGUUGUGCCACUGCAUAACAGCAGGAAGCUGGCGCUGCGUUUCUUUCAGACGGAGCAGCGGAAGAACACCAAUCUUCACGGUCUAUCGGCUGUUCAGAAGAAGAAGGUGAUUUUGAAAAUGUUUAAACAACUCACCAGGGAGGAUAUGGAUGCCCUCAAGAAGAGGGCUGCCGCUUGGGAGGCUAAAAAAAUAAGCGGAGAGACGGCGAUUCCAUCGUACCGACGUCGGAAUGAGAUUACACCGUAUGAGCUCUUCUACAAGGAACAGCUGUCGAAUCCCUCCAUUGCAUCCAUUGCAUCCCCUGGCAUCCGAGAGAAGAAGUUGUUUGCCAUCUUUAAUUCCCUGCCCGAUGCCACGAGGGAGGCGCUUGAGAAGCGUGCAAGAGAGCUGUCACAAGGUAUGGCCUUGAGUGAUUCCCCGCCGCCGUCAGGGAAAAAGCCCUCAGCUAGCAAGAAGAAGAAGAAGCGGAUUACGAUUAAAACCAGCAGCAAGAGUCGCAGCAUGACGAGUCAAGGAGCUUCCGUGGGGAAGAAAAAGAAAAGAACCGUCACAAAGACCAAGGUAUCACCGUACGCGGCGUUUGUGAAGGAGCAGAUGCCUCAUAUGACGCACCUCCCAACCAAAGAACGGAUGAAAGCCAUUGCCGAGAAGUGGAAUUCAAUGAAGACGGAAAAUGCAGUAGAAAAAUCGAAGCCGGAAAAUACUGCAGCUGCUGAUCCUGCACCACCGUCAUAA